ACCACCUUUCAUAUCAUAUCACUGAUUUGUAGGUUUUUAUUGGGGAUUGUAUCAAAUGAAACAUAAUUACAUUAUUAUUUCUAAUCACAGAACAUCAUUAGAAAUUUUGUUAUUAUCAUUGAAUUUAAUGUGAUUUUUAGUUCAAUGGACAUUUAUGUCUAUGGUAUAAGUUGGAUUGAGGUUAUGUUAUCAUAUUUAUAAAAUUCAUUAAUAACUUAUUAUAUUAAAAAUUCUUCAAAAUGAUGCGUUAUGAAGAAGAGAACGAAAAAUUGGCAGAUACGUCUCCCUGUGCUGGAGUAAGAGCCGAUUUGAAAAUGUGUUUAUUAGAAAGUGAAUGUUGUAAAGUGCAUAAGAGAACUCCGAGAGAAUGUUUAAAAGCAAAUGAUGGUACUGUUCCUAGUGAAUGCCAAGUUCUUCGUAAUACUUUUUUUGAAUGUAAACGAUCUUUGUUGGAUGCCAGACAACGGUUCCGAGGCAGGAAAGGUUAUUAAUAAAUUAUUUAAAUAUGUAAAUUUGUUUUAAACUUAUAGUGUUAGUGUAAUUCUUUAAAUAAAAAUGUAUUAUCAUGUA